AUGUCCGAGGAACACGGUGAUGGAAAUGAGCUUGUCACCAAGCCCUUCAAGUUUGUGACUGGUGUCGACUCCCGCUUCCCCAACCAGAACCAGACCAAGCACUGCUGGCAGAACUACGUCGACUACCACAAGUGCAUUAUCGCCAAGGGCGAAGAUUUCGCGCCUUGCCGCCAGUUCUUCCAUGCCUACAGGUCCCUCUGCCCCUCCGGCUGGUACCAGCGCUGGGACGAGCAACGAGAGGCUGGCAACUUCCCUGUGAAGCUUGACCAGUAA